UCAUGUGGCAGCAUAUAUUUUCUGGAAGGUGAUGCAGUCCACAUAUCCUCGUCUCUGAUGAACACAAAUAAGGAAUCCUACCCGGAAUCUGAGUCUAACCUGAUUAGGAAUCCUACCCGGAAUCUGAGUCCAACCUGAUUAUUCGGAACAGGAGGAUCGGAAGAAAUUGGCAGAGGAGUACUGGUACACUAACAAAGAGAAGGCCCAACAUACGUAGUGGAAUCCUUGCGACUAUUUCGCUGCAAGGAUCUGGCGAACCGACGACAUCACAUCUGUCCCUCCCAUGUGUUUCACCGACCAUCUUUCCAGCUUCAGUUUCCCCAGAGGCAACCUGCAGAUUGUUUCUGUAAAAAUUGCUUCAAUAAGAGGAGGUCUACGGUGGCCCAUCCAUGUCUAUGGCAUGGUUACCGCGCGCGAUGUCUUGGACAACCGUAAGCGUGUUAUUAUCUACGCCCGUGCUAGAGGUGACUGUCAGACUAUAACAGAGGAGAAUCCAUCUCUCUUACUCACAGGUCCUACGCGUGCAAUUCUGACCUGCCAAGACCCCGGGAACAUCGAGAUCGUGCUCAAAGUAAAGGGUGAAACUGAAUCUCAAGACAGGGACUUAAGUUCUCUUGUCUUGACGUUAAGUGAGUAUUGUUCUUUUCGUGGGGACUACACUACCAAGCGCAGCACACUCGAGUUAGGAUUCCACCACAUUGAGAGUGCUGUGGAGGCAACAAUCCGUGUGCGAAUCGCUGGUGGAUCGGUGUUGCCACCAGGUGGACUUCAAGGCGUAUUCACCGCUAGUACCGCUAGCAUACAUGAUGCGGAAAUUUUGUUGCUCGCUUUCGGAGAUGGUAAACUGCCCCUCGCCGACGAUGGCACAAUCAACCUUUCACGCCGUGUUGUCUCCGUCGGAUACAGUAGACAAGAUCAAAAAGAUCAUCUCAAGGUGUCUGUCGUGGCAAAGUGUGCUGAGGAUGGACAUGAUGCUAUGAGAGAUGACAUAGUUUUUACACCGAAGAUAUAUGGUAGAAGUUGGGGUGUGUUUCAUGUUGGCGCCUGUAAGAUGCAUGUCACGGUUGCCUGGUCUGAAUUCCGUUACUAAUUUUUAAUAUAACUAGACUAAAGUACCAAGGCCGAUUCUUGUUAAA